UUUUGAUCAUUUUCUUUGCAGUGUUAGUCUCUCCAUAAGUGACUACAAUACGAUUGUUGGGUUUUUUUUUUCAUUUUCACCAGGAGGCUAACUACUGUUAGAGGCAGUGUGCCUCUCCGCUGAGUACAACCUGUACCUCAAGCCCAUCGCCAAAAUGACCGUCAGUGUGGCACUGCCCCAGCUCAAGCUGCCAGGCAAGAGCAUUUCCAACUGGGAGGUAAUGGAGAGGGUGAAGGCCAUGGUAGCUCCUGAGCAGUUUUCAGUCCUGCGGAUCUCCAAGAGCACCAUGGAUUUCAUCCGCUUUGAGGGCGAGGUGGAAAACAAAACAGUGGUCAAGGGCCUGCUGAGCCGACUGGAUGGGAAGAGCAUCAAACUAAGUGGAUUUACUGAUGUACUGAAGGUUCGUGCAGUAGAGAACAAAGUGGACUUCCCAACACGGCAUGACUGGGACUCAUUCUUCCGAGAUGCCAAGGACAUGAAUGAGACUGUGCCGGGAGAAAGGCCUGACACUAUUCACCUGGAAGGGCUCCCUUGCCGCUGGUUCAGCCAGAAGGACAGUCAGUUCCCAGAUCGUCCCUCUGAGGAGGUCCUCAUUGCUGUCUUCCAGAUGUUUGGCAAGGUACGAAAUGUUGACAUCCCGAUGCUGGACCCAUACAGGGAGGAGAUGCUGGACAAGAACUUCAAUACAUUUAGUUUCGGGGGUCAUUUGAACUUUGAGGCGUAUGUCCAGUAUCAGGAGUACUGUGGCUUCACCAAGGCCAUGGACACUAUGCGCAGCAUGAAGCUGAUGCUGAAAGGAGAAGAUGGAAAGGCAGUGGCCUGCAACAUCAAGGUGGCCUUUGACACCAGCAAGCACCUGAGUGAGACAGCUCUGAAGAGGAGGAGCCUGGACAGGAUGAAGUUGCAGGAGCUGGAGCGGCAGAGAGAGGAGCAGAAGCGACGGGAGAAGGAAGAGGAGGAGCGGCGCAAGGAGGAAGAGAGGAAACAGAAGGAGCAGGAAGAGGAGGAGAAGGAGAGGAGGAAGGAGGAGAGGUUGCGGAAGCGAGAGCAGAAGUUGCGGGAGAGAGAGGAGAGGAGGAACCUGAAGAAAGUGAGGCGACAGCAGGAGGAAGAGCAGAAGAAGCUGCAGAUGAAAAUCGCCAUGGAGGAGAGGCGACUGCUGCUCGCUCAGCGUAACCUGGAAUCUAUUCGGCUCAUCGCUGAGCUGCUGGCCAGAGCCAAGGCCCUGAAGCAGCAGCAGCAGGAGAAAGAGAGAGCGGAACGGGAGGAACAGGAAAGGAAGGAGCAGGCGCGACAGAAGGAGGAGUUGGCCCGACUUCAGCAGCUAGAAGCCUGUCGACGCAAGCAGGAAGAGGAGCUCCGGAGGGUGGAGGUGGAGAAGGACAGAGCACUGGAGCUCCAGCGACGAGAGAAGGAGCUCAGGGAGAGACUGCUGUGCAACAUGUUGAAGAAGACAAGCGAGAAAACCACAAGACAUUCAGACACUCAGGACGAGGCUGGACUUGUGAUGAGGGACGAGGCCUCAGAUCCCGGCGAUGAUGAUGUAAUGCUGGGAGCUCUGGGCCACGUGAAUGGAGUGAGAGCAGUUGAGAGCAAAGAGAAGCAGGCGUCCAAAUCUAAUGUGCACUCCCAGGUUUCAGGGAAAAACAGAGGAACAGACAGGAAGAAAGACAGGGAGCAGAGGAGGGAAGACGCGGUGAGGAGCAAACACAGCCUGGAGAGGGCGAGAGACCGGGGGGACCGCUCCAACAAAGAGAGGAGCUCCCAGAGCCGGGGCAGGAAGAGACGCUCUCAUAGCUACAGCAGGAGGAGAAGGAGCUCCAGCCAUCACAAGAGGAGCUCCAGCCGUCACAGGAGGAGCUCCAGUCACCACGGCAGCAGGAGGCGCAGCCACAGCCACUACAGCAGGAGCACCAGCUCCAGCCGGGACAGGAGCAGGAGCAGCAGUGGGAGGAGUUACAGCAGGGGAAGGAGCCACAGACAUAGCCACCGAAGAUACAGCAGAGGCAGCUCCAGGAGCAGCAAUAAAAGUAGAGACAGGGGGAGUCAAAGUCGGUACAGUCGAAAAUACAGGAGACACAGCACAAGUAGAGACAGGAGUCACUCCAGACGACGUUAAACUCAGCAGUAUUAACAAUUCACUGGUUGAGAUAUUCCCCAUUUAUGGCCUUGCAAUAAAAGUUAAACAGAUUCAUGAGUUUCCCAGAAUCAGCUUUAGGGAGUUGUUUUUCCCUUUUUUUAAAUUUCAUAUUGUUGGAUUGAAGCAACAAUUUUAUUUGUGUAAAUAUUGAAUAUUUUUACCUUAAACAUUUACUAAACAUUUGGAGUGAGGUACCCUAAAACACUCAAGUUAAGAACACUGACCAAGUUUUAAUUUCAGGCUAAUAUCAGCUCACAGUCUGUAGACGGUCUUGUCAUCUGCAUUUCUUUAUCAAAACACCUGUUAAUGAACUUCAUUUCCUCCUGUUUUGUCAUCAUGCAUAAAUAACUGUGAGCUCUAAAAAAUUAACAGGUACAGAGAACACAUUGAGUUGGUUAUAUUUGAUGAAGCAGGAGUUUGA